AAUCUUAAUGAUUCCUAGCAAAGACCAACUAGUUAUGAGGCGGAGUAAAGAAUAAAGAUGCAAAAUACGUGAACAUUUUUCUUCAUGUAAAACCAGUAUGUAUAUUUGGCCUACACUAACGUUUUUUGCUCUAAUUCCGUGUGUGCUAUCGAGCCAUUUUCGAGGAGGAUUGCUAACAUGGAAGGCGGUAAAUGAAACCCAGAUAAUCAUCACUCAUCGUGUCUUCUAUGUGUCCUCACAUUGCCCGGGUCCUCAAAGCGACACACUGAGUUGUGUUGGUGGGUGCACAGGAAGUGUGACAAUGAUAGGAUAUUGCAAGGAUAACAGUUCCUCUGAAAAUUGGGCGGAUUUAGAAGGAGUCACUAGAUUUGAUAUCAGUUCUACAUCAACACCCGUCAUUCUUCAAUUUUCCAGCAGUGUUUGGAUUACCCUUGUUCAUCCUGGUUCACAAGGUUCUUGGAGCCUCAGAAUGACCGUAGAUUUAAGUGUACGAAGUGAUACUGGGAAAAUAAACCAAUCACCUGUUUCAUCUGUGGCUUCUACUAUAAUAUUAUCUCAGAUAUGUUCGUUGUCUGAUUUAACAUUUUACAUCCCAGUGGCGGACUUUGACGGAGAUAUUGUUCGAUGCCGCUUUGCAUCAACAAUACAAGAAUGUCAGGAUGUCUGUGGCAACCAUGUAUCAUUCCUGACAUUUGAUGGGACAUCCUGUUCAUUUACUAUCAAUAGCAAUAUAAGUAAUGUGACUUCUGGAAAUUACGCCGUGGCUCUUCAGAUUGAGGAUUUCACUGAUUCGUCCUCCAGUGUCCCUUUAAGCAGUGUACCAUUACAGUUUAUCAUCAAUGUUAAUACUGGUACUAUUUGUUCCGAUGGUGUAUAUUUAGUCUACCCAACACCUACUGCUGGAGAAAAAUUACAGGCUCAAAAUGGAUAUUUACAACUACAUGCUAGAGCUCGUGUUAAUAAUACAAAUGUAACAAAAUUCCAUAUUAUGUCGCCUCUUAAUUUUACAAUGUCGGCAAUUAUCCAACAUGGAACAAAUGAGUUUGAGGUCACAAUCACACUGGACUCUAAUGGCGAGGAUCCAAAUGCAACUCAUGUAAUGUGCUUUUCAGCAGAGACAAAUGAAAGGACAUCCUCAGAAUCACGAUGUAUUACUGUGCAUUUCGGAGAUAUUGAUGACUGCCAUCCCAAUCCUUGUCAAAACAAUGGAACAUGUAAUGACCUAGUAAACGACUACCAAUGUGAUUGUGUUCCAGGAUUCAAUGGAACAAACUGUGAAAACAAUAUCAAUGAGUGUGCAUCUCAACCUUGUCAGAACAACGGUACUUGUAUAGAUCUGAUCAACGAUUACACAUGUAAUUGUACAGACGGCUUUAAUGAAACUAACUGUACAAAUAAUAUUGAUGACUGCCAACCCAAUCCUUGUCAAAACAGUGGAACAUGCAAUGACCUAGUAAACGACUACCAAUGUGAUUGUGUUCCAGGAUUCAAUGGAACAAACUGUGAAAACAAUAUCGAUGAGUGUGCAUCUCAGCCUUGUCAGAACAACGGAACUUGUAUAGAUCUGGUCAAUGAUUUCACAUGUAAUUGUACAGACGGCUUUAACGAAACCAACUGUUCAAAUAAUAUUGAUGACUGCCAACCCAAUCCUUGUCAAAACAAAGGAACCUGUAGAGACCUGGUCAACGACUACCAAUGUGAUUGUGUUCCAGGAUUCAAUGAAACAAACUGUGAAAACAAUAUCGAUGAGUGUGCAUCUCAACCUUGUCAGAACAACGGAACGUGUAUAGAUCUGAUCAACGAUUACACAUGUAAUUGUACAGACGGUUUUAACGAAGCCAACUGUUCUAAUAAUAUUGAUGAUUGCCAGCCCAAUCCUUGUCAAAACAAUGGAACCUGUGGAGACCUGGUCAACGACUACCAAUGUGAUUGUGUUCCAGGAUUCAAUGAAACAAACUGUGAAAACAAUAUCGAUGAGUGUGCAUCUCAGCCUUGUCAAAACAACGGAACUUGUAUAGAUCUGAUCAACGAUUACACAUGUAAUUGUACAGACGGUUUUAACGAAACCAACUGUUCAAAUAAUAUUGAUGACUGCCAACCCAAUCCUUGUCAAAACAAUGGAACCUGUAGAGACCUGGUCAACGACUACCAAUGUGAUUGUGUUCCAGGAUUCAAUGAAACAAACUGUGAAAACAAUAUCGAUGAGUGUGCAUCUCAGCCUUGUCAGAACAACGGAACUUGUAUAGAUCUGAUCAACGAUUACACAUGUAAUUGUACAGACGGUUUUAACGAAACCAACUGUUCAAAUAAUAUUGAUGACUGCCAACCCAAUCCUUGUCAAAACAAUGGAACCUGUAGAGACCUGGUCAACGACUACCAAUGUGAUUGUGUUCCAGGAUUCAAUGAAACAAACUGUGAAAACAAUAUCGAUGAGUGUGCAUUUCAGCCUUGUCAGAACAACGGAACUUGUAUAGAUCUGAUCAACGAUUACACAUGUAAUUGUACAGACGGUUUUAACGAAACCAACUGUUCAAAUAAUAUUGAUGACUGCCAACCCAAUCCUUGUCAAAACAAUGGAACCUGUAGAGACCUGGUCAACGACUACCAAUGUGAUUGUGUUCCAGGAUUCAAUGAAACAAACUGUGAAAACAAUAUCGAUGAGUGUGCAUCUGAACCUUGUCAGAACAACGGAACUUGUAUAGAUCUGAUCAACGAUUACACAUGUAAUUGUACAGACGGCUUUAAUGAAACCAACUGUUCAAAUAAUAUUGAUGAUUGCCAGCCUAAUCCUUGUCAAAACAAAGGAACCUGUAGAGACCUGGUCAACGACUACCAAUGUGAUUGUGUUCCAGGAUUCAAUGAAACAAACUGUGAAAACAAUAUCGAUGAGUGUGCAUCUCAGCCUUGUCAGAACAACGGAACUUGUAUAGAUCUGAUCAACGAUUACACAUGUAAUUGUACAGACGGCUUUAAUGAAACCAACUGUUCAAAUAAUAUUGAUGAUUGCCAACCUAAUCCUUGUCAAAACAAAGGAACCUGUAGAGACCUGGUCAACAACUACCAAUGUGAUUGUGUUCCAGGAUUCAAUGAAACAAACUGUGAAAACAAUAUCGAUGAGUGUGCAUCUCAGCCUUGUCAGAACAACGGAACUUGUAUAAAUCUGAUCAACGAUUACACAUGUAAUUGUACAGACGGUUUUAACGAAACCAACUGUUCAAAUAAUAUUGAUGACUGCCAACCCAAUCCUUGUCAAAACAAUGGAACCUGUAGAGACCUGGUCAACGACUACCAAUGUGAUUGUGUUCCAGGAUUCAAUGAAACAAACUGUGAAAACAAUAUCGAUGAGUGUGCAUUUCAGCCUUGUCAGAACAACGGAACUUGUAUAGAUCUGAUCAACGAUUACACAUGUAAUUGUACAGACGGUUUUAACGAAACCAACUGUUCAAAUAAUAUUGAUGACUGCCAACCCAAUCCUUGUCAAAACAAUGGAACCUGUAGAGACCUGGUCAACGACUACCAAUGUGAUUGUGUUCCAGGAUUCAAUGAAACAAACUGUGAAAACAAUAUCGAUGAGUGUGCAUCUGAACCUUGUCAGAACAACGGAACUUGUAUAGAUCUGAUCAACGAUUACACAUGUAAUUGUACAGACGGCUUUAAUGAAACCAACUGUUCAAAUAAUAUUGAUGAUUGCCAGCCUAAUCCUUGUCAAAACAAAGGAACCUGUAGAGACCUGGUCAACGACUACCAAUGUGAUUGUGUUCCAGGAUUCAAUGAAACAAACUGUGAAAACAAUAUCGAUGAGUGUGCAUCUCAGCCUUGUCAGAACAACGGAACUUGUAUAGAUCUGAUCAACGAUUACACAUGUAAUUGUACAGACGGCUUUAAUGAAACAAACUGUUCAAAUAAUAUUGAUGAUUGCCAGCCUAAUCCUUGUCAAAACAAAGGAACCUGUAGAGACCUGGUCAACAACUACCAAUGUGAUUGUGUUCCAGGAUUCAAUGAAACAAACUGUGAAAACAAUAUCGAUGAGUGUGCAUUUCAGCCUUGUCAGAACAACGGAACUUGUAUAGAUCUGAUCAACGAUUACACAUGUAAUUGUACAGACGGUUUUAACGAAACCAACUGUUCAAAUAAUAUGGAUGACUGCCAACCCAAUCCUUGUCAAAACAAUGGAACCUGUAGAGACCUGGUCAACGACUACCAAUGUGAUUGUGUUCCAGGAUUCAAUGAAACAAACUGUGAAAACAAUAAGCACUUUAAAUAUAUCGAUGAGUGUGCAUCUCAGCCUUGUCAGAACAACGGAACUUGUAUAGAUCUGAUCAACGAUUACACAUGUAAUUGUACAGACGGUUUUAACGUAACCAACUGUUCAAAUAAUAUUGAUGAUUGCCAGCCUAAUCCUUGUCAAAACAAAGGAACCUGUAGAGACCUGGUCAACGACUACCAAUGUGAUUGUGUUCCAGGAUUCAAUGAAACAAACUGUGAAAACAAUAUCGAUGAGUGUGCAUCUCAGCCUUGUCAGAACAACGGAACUUGUAUAGAUCUGAUCAACGAUUACACAUGUAAUUGUACAGACGGCUUUAAUGAAACCAACUGUUCAAAUAAUAUUGAUGACUGCCGACCCAAUCCUUGUCAAAACAAUGGAACCUGUAGAGACCUGGUCAACGACUACCAAUGUGAUUGUGUUCCAGGAUUCAAUGAAACAAACUGUGAAAACAAUAUCGAUGAGUGUGCAUCUCAGCCUUGUCAGAACAACGGAACUUGUAUAGAUCUGAUCAACGAUUACACAUGUAAUUGUACAGACGGUUUUAACGAAACCAACUGUUCAAAUAAUAUUGAUGAUUGCCAGCCUAAUCCUUGUCAAAACAAUGGAACCUGUAGAGACCUGGUCAACAACUACCAAUGUGAUUGUGUUCCAGGAUUCAAUGAAACAAACUGUGAAAACAAUAUCGAUGAGUGUGCAUCUCAGCCUUGUCAGAACAACGGAACUUGUAUAGAUCUGAUCAACGAUUACACAUGUAAUUGUACAGACGGCUUUAAUGAAACAAACUGUUCAAUUAAUAUGGAUGAUUGCCAGCCUAAUCCUUGUCAAAACAAUGGAACCUGUAGAGACCUGGUCAACAACUACCAAUGUGAUUGUGUUCCAGGAUUCAAUGAAACAAACUGUGAAAACAAUAUCGAUGAGUGUGCAUCUCAGCCUUGUCUGAACAACGGAACUUGUAUAGAUCUGAUCAACGAUUACACAUGUAAUUGUACAGACGGCUUUAAUGAAACCAACUGUUCAAAUAAUAUUGAUGACUGCCAACCCAAUCCUUGUCAAAACAAUGGAACCUGUAGAGACCUGGUCAACGACUACCAAUGUGAUUGUGUUCCAGGAUUCAAUGAAACAAACUGUGAAAACAAUAUCGAUGAGUGUGCAUCUCUACCUUGUCAGAACAACGGAACGUGUAUAGAUCUGAUCAACGAUUACACAUGUAAUUGUACAGACGGCUUUAACGAAACCAACUGUUCAAAUAAUAUUGAUGACUGCCAACCCAAUCCUUGUCAAAACAAUGGAACCUGUAGAGACCUGGUCAACGACUACCAAUGUGAUUGUGUUCCAGGAUUCAAUGAAACAAACUGUGAAAACAAUAUCGAUGAGUGUGCAUCUCAACCUUGUCAGAACAACGGAACGUGUAUAGAUCUAAUCAACGAUUACACAUGUAAUUGUACAGACGGCUUUAAUGAAACCAACUGUUCAAAUAAUAUGGAUGAUUGCCAGCCUAAUCCUUGUCAAAACAAUGGAACCUGUAGAGACCUGGUCAACGACUACCAAUGUAAUUGUGUUCCAGGAUUCAAUGAAACGAACUGUGAAAACAAUAUCGAUGAGUGUGCAUCUCUACCUUGUCAGAACAACGGAACUUGUAUAGAUCUGAUCAACGAUUACACAUGUAAUUGUACAGACGGCUUUAAUGAAACCAACUGUUCAAAUAAUAUUGAUGAUUGCCAGCCUAAUCCUUGUGAAAACAAAGGAACCUGUAGAGACCUGGUCAACGACUACCAAUGUGAUUGUGUUCCAGGAUUCAAUGAAACAAACUGUGAAAACAAUAUCGAUGAGUGUGCAUCUCUACCUUGUCAGAACAACGGAACUUGUAUAGAUCUGAUCAACAAUUACACAUGUAAUUGUACAGACGGCUUUAACGAAACCAACUGUUCAAAUAAUAUCGAUGAGUGUGCAUCUCAGCCUUGUCAGAACAACGGAACAUGUAUAGAUCUGAUCAAUGAUUACCAAUGUAAUUGCACAGACUGGUUUAGGGGAGCAACCUGCACAUAUGACGUCGAUCUGUGCGAUUCCUCCCCGUGUAAGAACAACGGAACCUGUAUUGAUUUGACCAAUAUAUUCCAGUGUCAGUGUCCUUUGGAAUUCAAUGGAACUACCUGCGCGACGGAAUCACAUUUAACGAAAUUCACGAUGAUAUUGAAAAUAGAUGUAUCAAUAUCUGAAGAUUUGUCUUCAAGCACUGGUUAUAGCACCGUUGAAAGUAAAGUACAUAUUGCGUUAACAGACAUUUAUUCCACGAUACCAGGAUCUACAGUUAUUAUACACAGUAUAAGCAAUAGAAUUCAACAGGAAAGGAAGGGAAGUCUUAUUGUUGACUUUGACCUCAUUAUUCCGGAUGAUCCGGUAUCCAAGGUUCAGGUUGUGGACACUGUUUAUAAGCUUGUGAACGGUCUAGCCUUUGUUAACUACUCCGGUGAGAUCGUCAACGUGACAUCAGCAUCCUUCAACUCGUCUGCUGGCACCAUUAUCAUCACUAAUUCCACUGACGGGUGUUCGAUUAUGAAUUCCCAGGACGUGUGUUCCCCUGGAUACAGGUGUCAUGAGUUUAACAACUACACCGUGGCCUGCAUUCCAAUUAUAAGUAAGUAUGAACUUAAAACAUUUAUUUAAUGAAUCAGUUCCUCGAUUUACGUAUAAAAAUGUGCAUAAAAUUGACAAUAAUGUCUGAUUUUAUUACGAUGAACUACGUUUAAUUUUAUAUAUAAUUAAUAUUUUCACAACUUAAAAUUGUUUAUUGUGCUGCAGCUACGUACAUGUUACCUUUAUUUCUUAAUGACGUAUUGAAUUUUGUCGUUGAUUUUUUUCAAUUUUGUAGUUAAUCUUUUGAGUGAAAGAUGAAUGAAUGUGAUGAGCUUUACAUGUUUUUGAUUUUUGUGUUUUACAUGUUUAAUAUUUUCAUUUGAAAGGAGUUUUUUUUAUAUGUUCUAAUGAAUUUAUAAUUCAAUUAUCAACAAUUUGAUUCUCAGAAAAUUGCAUUUUUAAAAAAAGGACCAUUUCUUUUAUACACGGAUGUUAAUGCUUAUUUUCUUUUUACAGAUUGUUUGAAAUUUAAAGUUUGUAUAAACAAUUAUUCUUUCUGUGAACAUACUAUAGUACACGUCUUUUAUUUAAUCUAAACUUCAUUUUGAUCAAAUUUGAUAAGAAUAAAAUAUAAUAGUUGUAUAAAUAU